AUGCCGAAAGUUGACUUAAAAAUCAUCCAGAAAUUUAAAAUGCAUGUCAAAUAUCUCGACCAGGAACGAAAAUGUAAUGAUCCGCUCUCAACAAAGUGGGUGACACUUGGUGCAGACGAAACGCUUGCGCCUUGGGGUCAAACGUUGUGUCCUGCUUAA